CCCAUAAGUUCAGAACUCUCGCACUACACGCACUUCUUGGAGAGUCCGACCCGGCCAUGGAUGCCCGGAUGCACUACUCCAGGCCGCUCCUCCUGCAGCUGCAGCAGGGGCCGGCCGUGAGCCCGGCGCCCGCCCCCGCUACGACGGCCGGCGCCGUUCCGGACGCUCUAUCGGUUCCGGCGCCGGCCGACGCCUUCACCUUCCUCAACGCCAACGCGAUCCUCAUCCUCGCGCUCCUCGUCUGCGGCCUCGUCGUGGCGCUCGCGCUCCACGUCGUGCUCACGUGCGCGCUCCGCGUCACGCGCCGCGCGUGCCGCCACAGCGGAGCCGCCGACGGCGACGCCCCGCAGCAGGGCCCCGGGAACGGCACGGGAGGAGGAGGAGGCGCGGGGCAGCAGGCGGCGGCGGCGAGGCACGGCGGGAAGCCGCGGCGGCUGACGAAGCUGGUGCAGGCGCUGCCGUGCCUGGCGUACUCGUCGGGUCUGGAGCUGGCCGGGUCGUCACGGUCGGAGUGCGCCAUCUGCCUCGCGGCGUUCGCGCGCGGGGAGGCCGUGCGCGUGCUGCCGCGCUGCAACCACGGGUUCCACGCGCGCUGCAUUGACCGGUGGCUCGCGUCGCGCCCGACGUGCCCCACCUGCAGGCAGGCGCCGUUCGCCCAGACCACCGCGCUCCUGCAGCCGGACGGCUCCGGGCAGGCGCCGGCCGCCGUGCCGUUGGUGCGCGUGGUCAUAGUAGGCGACCGCGUGGCCCGCCUUGUGGAGUCGUAGCACUUCGCGCGGUCGGCCGGUCUUUAGAGUGUUUGUACAUUUGCAAUGUGCUAGAGCCUAGCGGACGAAGCACUUUGGACGCGUUAUGUUUACUGGGGAAUAUGGGAUACUGCGCCUAAUGGUGUUCACUGUUCAUUUCCCUAGCUUUGGUUCUGUCUCCGUUUGUCUUUUAAACGUCUUGUGAAAGUCGUUCUGGGACUAUGAAUGUUGCAUACAGGAAACGCUGGCACCAAGCUGAACAUGAGCCUGCGAGCUAAUGGUUCAUGGUUAAGCAUACUGUCAGUCUGACAAACCUGUUUAAGGGUUACGUUUGCGCGUUGGGUGUUGGUCUAUAUCUUAAACAUGUUCUCUUUUA